AUGUGGCCACUAAUAACCGCUUAUCUCUCCACCGCCCUCCACUCACAUCACAAAUUACUAUAUAUUUUCCCCCUCUCCUCAUCACUCAUCACUCCGCACUCCGAGCUACACAGCUCCGCAGCAGUCGCACUCCGCAGCUCCGUAGCACUCUGCAGCUCCGUAGCACUCUGCACUCGGCAUCUCCACAGCACUCUGCACUCCGUAGCUCCGCAGCAGCAAAUAGCAAAGUCCAACAGUUUAACAGGGCCGAUUCCUGAUCUAUCCAACCUCAAGGUCCUUCAAUCCUUCAAGGUCCAUGGCAACUCCCUCAAGGGCAUUGUUCCACAGUCUCUCGCUGCCUGCCUUUCGCUUAGGAUUGUGGACCUCUCCAACAACAUGUUACAGGGCCUUCUUCCGUCGUUCGCCAGCAAAUCCUUGAUUAAGCUAUUAUUAAGCAACAAUAAUCUCACUGGAACAAUCACUGAUAGCUUGGCUCAUAUCCGUAUUCUCAAAAUAUUAUAUGUCGCUAAUAACAACCUCAAUGAGAAUGUGCCAAAAUUUCGUAGCUCGGUUAAGGUUGAAACUGAUGGAAAUCCCAAUCUUCGUAAAAACUCAGGCUAA